GCGUCGCGCGGCCGCGUCUCCCGAAAUCACGACAUAGCUUCAAAGGCUGCACAACUUACGGCCAAGCAAACUCGAAGACACGCAAGUUUAAAAAAAAAUGCAAGGCUUGUAUGAACCGCUCGACGAUGCGGUUUUGAAGCCGCUUUUUGCUCAAUUCCCCUGCCGCGAACACCAGAUCCGAUCUCUGGCUGCACUCUCCCAACCCAAUGGUAUCCCCUGUCGAAAUCUUGUUAUCCACGGAUCCGAAGCUACAGGCAAAACAGCAAUCACACAGGCUGUGCUACUGCGAGUAUCAGAACACUACCGAGAGACAAGCUCGGAGAGCCCCUCGCUCAGCAUUGCUAAAGUCGAUGUGGCGCAAUGUGUCACGACACGGCAUCUUUUUGAAAGAAUUCUAGACUCAGUCGCCUCUAAAAUAUCGGGCGAUGAAACCGAUCGCAGAAAGUGCGAGACUAUGGCGCAACUGGCCGUCUCGAUAUCACAAAUGCUUAAGCCACGACAACCCAGCUCGCGAUUUGUCCUCGUUCUCGACGGCAUUGAUCGAUUAAAAGAUGCACCGGCGACAGUAAUUCCUGCCCUGGGGCGAUUACCAGAAAUGAUUCCUUGCCUAACCUGCGUCUUCAUUGUAACAUCACCACCUGCAAGCUUCCUCCGAACUGCAUCCUCAAUAGAUCUGCACUUUCCCCCAUAUACAAAACCCGAAUACGUAGAAAUCCUGGCACUCUCUCCUCCCGAACCGAUCAAAGGCACGACACAGAAAGAAACGAACGAAGUCUGGACCCGAUUCUGUGGCGCUGUCCAUGACGCUCUUAUUAAAGCUGCCUCCCGAUCCCUAUACUCGUACAUGGAUAGUUGCAAUGCGCUGUGGCCGCGAUUCACGGCUCCUAUUAUCAAUGGAACUUAUGAGCCCAAGGAGUUUUCGAAACUACUCGUUGCAGCGCGUGUACACUUUCAAGACGAAACAGUCCUCAACCCCAGUAUUAUAUCCGCCCCUUCAACACUCAAGGAGGAGCGGUCCAGCAAACCUACAACUGGCAUGGCUGCUCCAUUCACAGACCUGAGCAAUCUUCUCCCGACGACCGCGCGCCUGCUCCUCUUAUCGGCAUACCUGGCAUCCCAUAACGCAGCAAAGUUCGAUCUCACAGUCUUCUCAACAUAUCACCAUGGAAAGAAGCGCCGGCGUGGAGGUGGUACAGUGAUGAGACGUAACACCGCUACCAAGCACCGCAAGAUAGCCAAAAAGCUGCUCGGUUUACACGCGUUUGUUUUCGAGCGAAUGAUGGCGAUUUUCGAAUCUGUUCGGCUGGAGUGGGCGGAGAGCAUUGGGAGUGCCGGCGUCGACGGUGAUGUUGGCAUGGCGCUGAUUACAUUAACGAGUUUACGGUUGGUGAUUAAAGUUGGAGCAGGCGAUGUUACUGAUAGAUCUGGGAAAUGGAGAGUAAACGUUGGAUGGGAUGCCAUUCGCAGUAUUGGCAGAAGCAUUGGUGUAGACGUGGAAGAAUGGCUUGUAGAGUAAGCUGCAAAUGAUGAAAAAUAAUAUGAUACAUUACUGAGCUCUAUAUAUUUUAUACAUUGACUUGAAUCGCAAACAUCUAUCUCGUAUAAGUCUGGGGUUGUAUCGUUAGGUGCUUAGCAGCCUAUGUGUUCUAUGCCUUGAUCGGCGUGUAAUUGUCUGUUUUCUUGGAAUCCAUUGCGUUGGGGCCAAAGUGCCCAAUGCUGUAAGGGUGCGGGUUUGGUUGGAAACUUGCGCUCGCGCGUAGCUCCGGAGUCUCGGAGAGCGGCAGUAGCGGACGUCCCUUGGACUGCGCCAUGGAGCUAGCUUUGCGGUCUGCCUUAUUGCUUUCGUUACUUCUGUCAUAGAGGUAAAGACCGAGGAAUGUGAGGGCAAUGCCAACGCCCUGGAGAGGUGUAGUCGGGCUGCGGAACCACAGGAUAGCCAUGACAAUGACGAAGACACGCUUCAGGAGACUUGCCACUGAGUAUGUCACCGGUGACACCAUGGACAACAGGACGAAUGCCAGAAUGUUCUGCGCAAAGUGGAAGAUGCCAUUGAAGAUAAACUCAAUGGUAAGUCUUCCGUGGUCCAUUGAACCAGGCUUUUCUGUUAAAUCGACAGCCCCAUCGUCAAGGAAGUCCUUGAGCAACGUGAUACCCUCACCCAAGAACCAAAUGGGCAGUGUUAGCAAGAAAGCAAGUCCAGACGAGUAGCACAAGAGGUUCAGCUUAUCCAACUUCUUAGAUUGCUGGUGGGGCCCAUCUUGCUCUGCCUUUGCGGCUUCGUUGAACAGCUUUUUGGAGAAGAUGUUUUGGGUGACGAAAAUAAAAGUCGCUAGCAGCGCCUGAAGGACACCAAGCAUUUGGCCGCCAAAGCCAGACUUGCCAGAGCAGGCCAGCAUGACGCCAAAGGUUAGGGGAACCAAGGAUAUGUAUGUCGCCUGCGGGUAGCGAAUGUUGUACAGGAGCCGAUAGGCAACGACUGUGAACAAGGGUGACAGGCCCUUGAUGGUGUGUACCAGCGAUACUGGGAUGCGGGAGGUGGCAGAUGAGCUCAGAAGAUGGCCGAAAAUCUGGAAAGCCGCGAGAGGCAGCGUCGAAGCGAGGACGUCGCGGGAGGGGGGACGGAUAGGAUGUUGCAGAGCGCUAAUCUUUGUUCGAAGGACUGGAAAUACUGUCGCUAGCCAGGCCAUGAGUAUGCAAAAUGUUGAUACAAAAGCGAACUGGACAAGUGUGAGUGUUGCAGGCAUCUUAAACGCAUUGAGGAUCGACUUGGAUGAUGUGUUUGUAAGGGCGGACGAAGUGUACCACAACAGGCAGAGGAUCUAGAGGCAUUGGGUGAUUAGCACCGACUGUGGCGUCCGGCGAUUUCAAUUGGGUCAUGGGUACGUACAAUUAGUCUUGGAGAUACAGGGGCUUUGAGGGCAUCCGCAAUCUCAUGUGCAUUCUGGCUGAAGCUGCCAUUGCGGGUGCGGAUCGUGCGCAGAGCGUCGCCCAAGCUCUUUUGCCUGCUGUGUCCGCGUGUGUGGCCGUUUUGUCUUGAGGGCGCCCACUGCUGGCCACCAGGAUAUCCAUAGCCACUGUUUUCUGUUCUCAUGGGCGAGGGGUGGCGGUCGUGGAUGGCGCCGUUUGAAUACGAGCCUGUCGCAAGAUUGGAUGCGCCGUUGAAGGUCGGCGCAUCGAUGUGAUCAGGGAAUUUUUCCAUGGUGAUGAAUCUGGGAGAAUUUUCCAAUCCACCGAGUAGGACGGAAAGCGAGAGUCGAGUUAUAUGUCGCGGUCGAUUGGGGGGUUCAUCGGUCUCGUUGAAACUUGGUUACGGUGUUCUUCUGGGCCAGGGGGACGUUCCCGAUCUAGCGAGGGGCAAGGCAAUGGCGUGUUCGAAAGGAGAUGGAAGAAAAAGGUUACUUAUAGAUGCUGCAAUAUUUCCAACAUGUUUUGAAACAAAGAUGCGCAGAGAGAUUCACAGCCACGCGUGAUUUCGUUACAGAGUUUACAAGCGAAGCCAAAGCGAAGAUGGAAAAAAAGGAAAAAUAGCGUCAAU